CCUUCCCUGCACGUAAACAGAGCGAGCGGUUAUGCUCGGCCAGCCUCUCGCCCGUUGCCUGCUCUGUGCCUUAUAUAAACGCAGCAGAGCACGGCAGCCGGAAGGGAGUUCAGACAUCAAUCAGGCGGAGGAGAGAAACUCCCGGCCAUUUCCAAGCACAAGAAGUGGGAAGAGAGAACAGGAGGGCGCUGAGCUCUCUGAUCGCUGUUCUGAGUGGUGGCGGCUGCAGCUGCCCGCGCGGCGAAGAUGGCUGCGCCAUGGCUUCUUGCUUGCAGCUUGCUGCUGCUCUCCCUGGCGACCUUUCACGGAGCUGAGGGCGCGAUCGGCGUGAACUACGGCAUGAUCGCCAACAACCUGCCGGCGCCGGAGCAGGUCGUCUCCAUGUACAAGGCCAAGAAUAUCAGCUACGUGCGUCUGUUCCACCCGGACACGACCGUGCUGAACGCGCUCCGCGGCUCCGGCAUCGGUGUCAUCCUGGGCACGCUGAACGAGGACCUCCCGCGCCUGGCGUCCGACCCGUCCUUCGCCGCGUCGUGGGUGGCCACCAACGUGCAGCCCUUCGCCGGCGCUGUCCAGUUCCGGUACAUCAACGCGGGCAACGAGGUAAUCCCGGGGGACCCGGCGGCGCAGGUGCUCCCGGCCAUGAAGAACCUGGAGUCGGCGCUCCGGUCCGCGGGGGUCGCGGGCGUCCCCGUCACGACGGCCGUGGCCACCAGCGUGCUCGGCGCGUCGUACCCGCCGUCCCAGGGCGCCUUCUCCGAGGCGGCCACGACGGUGAUGGCGCCGCUCGUCUCGUACCUGUCGUCCAGGGGCGCGCCGCUGCUGGUGAACGUGUACCCGUACUUCGCCUACUCGGGCAGCGGCGGGCAGGUGGCGCUCGGGUACGCGCUGCUGUCGGGCGCCGGCGCCGGCGCCGCGUCGACGGUGACGGACGGCGGGGCGGUGUACACUAACAUGUUCGACGCGAUCGUGGACGCGACGCACGCGGCGGUGGAGAAGGCCGGGGUGCAGGGGCUGGAGCUGGUGGUGUCGGAGACCGGCUGGCCGUCGGCCGGCGGCGAGGGCGCCAGCGUGGAGAACGCGGCGGCGUACAACAACAACGUGGUGCGGCACGUCGACGGCGGCACCCCUCGGCGGCCCGGGAAGGCCCUGGAGACCUACCUGUUCGCCAUGUUCAACGAGAACGGCAAGGCCGAGGGCGUGGAGCAGCACUUCGGCCUCUUCCAGCCGGACAUGAGCGAGGUCUACCACGUCGACUUCACGGCGGGAUCCCCCUAGGGAGGCUCACCCGCUUCUGUGUUUACUUUAUUUAUGUAGUAGGAAUGAUCAUUCUUCAUUCAGAGACUGAUCGACUUCAUCGGAGCUGCUCGAUACUCGAGCGGCGCGGAUAGGCUUACUGCGUACUGGUAGUAUUGUUGGAGACUUGGAGUAGCAUUACUAUCGACGUGAUUCAUUACAGUGCAUGUCGUUACACGGCGCCAUGGAUUUAUCUUCUCUGUUCAGCACUGUCGUCAAGUGGCGAAAUCAGGGUACUAUGAGAUCGUAGAAUCAAGAAGAGAGUACAUAGACGAUUUAUAGAGAUCAAGGCUGUGGAAGCCUAAUACUCUAUACCUUUUUUGACGGAUGAAUUGACGAAGACGAAGAUAAAAAAGAUUGCACGCUUAGAUGUUGUAUGAUCUAGAUGACUGAAAAGCUCACCUUUUUCUUUC